UAUCCGGAAACCGUUUGAAUUGCCCGUCGAUGCCACAGUCAACACACGCGCUCGACGACUGCAACGUUGGGUGAAGACGCGGUGCCGACGAUGCAAGUCACGGCGCUGCACCAACGCCGCAAGCCUACAACUGCGCGUAGCGACGGUCCGCAACAGAGCGAUGGCGCUGGGUUGAGGAAGAGAGAGAAGGUGGAACGUGUGAGUUUGUGGACCGUUCUCGCGUGGAUCACCGUGCUCAUCGGUCUCACGUUCUGGAGACACAAUUGGCUUCCAGAACCGAAGGCAGUCGAUAUUCCAUUGCAUGCGUUUUCUGAAGGUCGUGCCCGCGUCUUCCUGGAGGAACUUCAAGGCAUCGAGGGGUUUCGCACAGUCGGCAGCAUAAGCAACGAAGAACGAACGCCAGCGUGGCUUCUGGCGCACCUCGAGUCGUUCCAGCGACGAUGUGUCGCCCCAUGUCAAUUCGACAUCGAAGUCCAGCGACCAACGGGGGCGUUUGGCUUGAAUUUCCUCACACAAUUCCAAAACGUGUACGCAAACGUGACGAACAUCCUUGUCCGAGUGCAGCGAAAGACACACAACGCCAGCACCCCCGCGGUGCUCCUGUCUUCGCACUACGACGCUGCGGUUGGUGCCGGUGCUGCAUCGGAUGACGGAGUGAACAUCGCGAUCAUGCUGGAGCUGCUCCAGAACGUCGUGGCAUCCGAGGACGUCCUGCCGCAGCACCAUGCCCUCAUGUUCAACUUCAACGGCGCGGAAGAGACGAUGCUGCAAGCCGCCCAUGGGUUCAUCACGCAGCAUCCGUGGAGGGACCAAGUCGUGGCGUUUAUCAACCUUGAGGCGUCUGGGGCCGGCGGGCGAGAGCUGCUCUUCCAAACGGGCAGCGACGUUCUCGCGAUGGCAUACGCCAAGGGCGCUCCGUACCCGCAUGCCAGCACGAUUGCCCAGGAAGUGUUCCAGUCUGGAGUCAUUCCAGGGGUCACCGACUACACAGUCUACUCGGAACAUGGGGACGUCGCGGGGAUGGACUUUGCCUACGUCGCAAACGGCUAUGUGUACCACACGCCGCUCGAUGACAUUUCUCGCAUCCAGCCCGGGGCGAUUCAACGGCUGGGAGAGAACGUUCAAGGCACGCUUAACGAGCUGUUCGCUGACCCGACAACUCUGCAGUCCAUCGCACGAAAUGCAAAAGCCGCACCGAACAGUCAGCACGUCUUCUUCGACGUGCUAGGCCUCUUCACUGUCACGUACUCGGAGGCGCUCAGUGGAUGGAUCAACUACCUCGUCCUUGUCCUGGCGGGCGUAUACCUUGGCAUUUGGUCCCCCCUCGCAGUCGCUCAGAAGUGGCGCGGGGUCGUGGGGCUGGUCAAGAUGAACGCGGUAGCGUUCACAGCUUCCAUCACCGUGGCAGGGUUCGUCACCAUGGUGUCGCCCAUGCCGUGGUACGCUUCCCCUGCAACGCAUCUCUGGAUGUUUAUCUUCCCCGCUAUCGCUGGCUACCUGACUGCUUUCCCCGACGACACUUCCGCGGCAGUGCCUACGUUUGUGGAAGGUGUGGCAAUGCUGUGGAUGGCGUUGAGUGCAUUGCUCAUGGCGAUCGGCGUGCAGAGCGCGUACAUGUCGAUCUAUUGGGUGAUCUUUCCCCUGUCUUUCUACGUUUUGUUUCACGGGAACACGUCAGCCGCUCCAUCCUCUCUGCGCACGGCUCUCGCUCUCCUCGUCGGCCCUGCCAUCCCCCUCGUGUACUUUUUGCAAAUCUACAUUGUUGUGCUGCAAGUGUUCAUCCCAAUCAUGGGUCGACUGGGCAACAUCGUGCCCGUGGACUUUGUCGUGGCUUUCCUCACGACGAUUCUCACCACGAUCACCCUGAGCGCCAUCACACCUGUCUUGUGCCUUGUGCAUCCGUCGGCGGUGCGAUUGCUGCAAAAGUACUCCAUUCUUGGAUCGAUGGCCGGUGUCGUAGUCGCGAUUCUGAGCAAUCCGUACUCGCCCGACUGCCCCAAGCGAGUGGGUCUGAACCACAUCUACCGCAACUUUUCCCAACUCGACAUCCCCGACGACUGGGGCAUGUGGGUGAACGCAUUCGACUUUCGUGGCCUCGAGCCGCUGCGGCCGACGUUUGAAAGCACCAAGUGGAGUCAUCGGCUGCAUCCCCCCGCUGGCCCUGUGGCCCCCAUCACCAUUUUCGACAACCUUCCAUGGUUUUACCCCAUUUCACACAUCAUUCCAGCCAAGUAUAGCUGGUACUUGCCCGCGAACGCGCCCGAUGUCCGGACGAUCCCAACGUAGUAAGCGCACCCCUCUCGUUUUAUAUCGAGUGUAACCAAAUCUGAACCCCGCUUGGCAGUGUCGACGUGGUGUCGUCUACAUUUGAUGAAGCUGCGAACCGCCGCCAAAUUCACUUUUCAUUCACCGGCCCGUCGCACGCGAACCUGUACAUUGACGCGACCAACACAACCCUUACGUCAUGGUCUUUGGGCCAUGGCCGUGAUGGCGUGCCACCGGCAGUCGACGAGUGCUACAUCCUCCAGCUCGCGACCGGCAGCGCGACAUCGUCGUUUCACUUUUGGAUCGAAGUCGAGUCCAACGCGACGUUGAAUGUGGCGUACUGCGGGUUCUACCUGGACGUGAUAACCCCUGACCUCCAGCUCGCGAUCGACACGUUGCCGCCAUGGGCCACACAUUCGCAUGCCGUUGCGUCGUGGGGCAUCCUUCAAGUCUAGAAAUCGACGCCAACUAGUCACGUCUUGAUAAGCUACCACCCCUUUUUCCGCUUGCCGUUCUCCAUGCGGUGCGGCAGCACACGUUUGGAUGGGCGCUCCUUGCCUUCUUGGUUGGCCUCGUACUCCUGCUUUCGCUUGACCUUGUGCUUCUUUCCCUUUGGCUUCAGGUUCAUGAGGUCAAAGUACUCCUUCUCAUAUGGCACGUCGACCGUCUGCUUUUUCUUUUGCAGCAGCGCCAGCCUGGCUUUCUUCAUCGCUGCUUUCGUCAAUUUGGUCGUGUCGUGGUUCGACUUGGCUAAGCACGUCGACACGAUCGCGUCCACGAGAGUUGCUGUCACUGGCACUGUGUCGGGGAAGGCGGCGGUCGAUGCCGUGCCCGUCGCCUUGGCUUCGAACACGAACGUGUCGCAGUCGCUGUACGGGACUUUGUAACUCGGACAAAAGCUUCGAUCAAACACCAACGAGCCGACGUGCACGAGGCCAUGGGCAGCUGCGACCGCCACCACGCCUGGGGUCUUGGUUGUCAAAUGCACUUGCCCAUUUGGAGCAAGCGCCGUCCCCACGGACGCGAAGAAUGGGCCAAGGGUCGAUGAGGUCGCAGACUCGACAAAGUUCCAAAUGACGCGGUCAAAUUGGCCAUAUUCGCUUAAUGACGCAACGUCGGCUUCGAAGUGAAAUUUCACGCCCUGCAGCUCGAGCUUCUUGAUGCGCUUGGUGGCGUCUGGACACGCUUUGACGAUCUGGGCCUUGGGUACAGCGGUUGCGAUGGACAAGUGAUGUGGAUCACUCAAGUAGCCUUUCAAGACUGAUGUCAAGGCAAGGCCAUCGUCGUGCACGAGAAGCACCUUCAUCUGGGUCUCGACUAGCGGAAACACUGGAGUCGAGUCCACUGCGGCUUUGAACCGAGGACAUAGCUCCGGACGUUGGUUCAGCACUGUGUCGUCGCCACGUGCGUGCACCACAAUCUUGUAUCCACAUGGGACGCACUUCUUCCUUGCGCAUUCCAGAGUCUUCGUGGCCACGUAGAGCUGCUCGAGGUCGCGCGUCGCCAUCGUCAUUCGGAUGGAUGGAGC